AUGACUGAGCAAAGAAAACCCACGGGUCUGCUGCAGCUGCUACCUCUGGUGAUUUUGUUGCUUUGGCUUUCAAGUAACCAUUGUGUCGCUCAAGAAGAGCCCACAGACUCAAACUGUUGCAGUGCUUGCUUCCAAGGCCCGGCCGGAACACCAGGUGUUCAUGGAAUCCCAGGAAAUCCAGGAGGAAACGGGAUCCAAGGACCUCUUGGUCCCAAAGGUGACCCUGGGUUUGGCCUUCCUGGACCCACGGGAGAGACCGGUGUCCAGGGACGGAAGGGAGAUCGAGGCGAGCCAGGGAUGUUGGGACCUCCAGGGAAGCAGGGACUCGCAGGUCGCAACGGAGACAUCGGUGAGAGGCAGAAAGGUGACAAGGGGGAGCCAGGGAUCCAGGGACCGCUAGGUCCGCUUGGUGGAAAGGGGCAAAAGGGCCAGCCAGGAGAUGCUACCCUUGUCACACCAACACCACCCUCUGCCGUCGCAUUCACCGCUUACAUCACGUCACCGGUUUCAGGAUAUAGUGAUGAUCAAGUCAUCAUCUUUGACAACAUCAUGACGAAUCUGGGCGGUGGGUACGACUCGCAAACGGGAUUGUUUACCUGCCUGAUACCCGGGGCCUACUUCUUCACGACCAGCGUGCAAAGAAUGCUAUCAUCUAGGAAUCCUUUCGUACAACUGAAACAUAACUCGGCCUUAAUCUUUACAGCGUAUGACAACCACCACAACCAUUACCACCAGUCCAGUAAUUCAGCAGUUCUUGUUUUGACCAGAGGAGAUAGGGUGUGGCUUGAGGUAGGGGAUGGCAAUGGUAUUCACAGCAGUACCAACCGAGAUUCUUCUUUCUCUGGCUUUCUGAUCCAAGCAAUGUAACGGUUGCGCAACUAUAAUUAUAAACAUCCCCGUGUGAAUAUUUUCUGAAACCAAUUGAGCCUCAUAAUUAUGUUUAGACGCACUGAUUUAGGAGUGGUUUUGGCCGCAUGUUUGGAAGGGGUGUCUUAUAAACUAAUCAAAAGCUUUGUAAACUUAUCGAAGAACAGGAGUAAGAGCAAUGUAUGGUCAACAACUGUGGUCUGCAAACAGAAGUAAAUAUUAAAAUCUGGUUGGUGUUUUGAAGGUUUAGUAUUGACUAUGCUAUACUCUGCCCCUAUCUGUUUCUGGCCUCUGCCUAUUUGUGAUAUUUUUGGUGUUUCAUUAGAAGUAUUUUGAAACCAAGCAAUGGGUUAUCCAGUGGUGCGUUCCAGUUUACGCGAACGUGUUUGCGCUCGUUACGCUAGGUCCAAACCCAAAUGGAUGGUUAACGCAAACUGUUUUCAAAAUGGCGGCCCUGUCUGCAAGUCGUAUAUACAAGUGACACUGUUUGGAUAGCAGCUUGCAAAUAUUUGACAAAAAAAACAUUGUGACUGGAAGCGAAAUGUUGCCAGUAUACAAUGAACUUACUGCGGAUAUAGAAAACGGAAAAUUUCAGCUCCAACAGUUGUAUACGUUCAUUAAGUUGCUAACGGCAUGUUGCUAGCGUCCACCAACGUCAGCCAAUGUUGGUGAUAAACGGUCGGUCUCACUUGCGCAAACGUUGCCAACGUUGGCAGCGUUAGCAUUGUUCGCGUAAAUGAACGCACUCCAAGCCAGAGAGAAAGUACGCCGAAAGAUGCUGUGACGUCAUUGUCAGGCAUUAACCACGCCCAUUUUACAAGAUCUGCUCUUUCAGAUAAAUUUCAUUUCGUUAGAAAGAAUAUUAUAUGAGACUUGUAGGCUUGUAUGGUGGACAUGAACAAAGAAUGGAAGGUUUGCGGUAACACCACGCGAAUAUCUUUUGAGUUGUGUGGUUCUAAGAAGAACCAGUUGUUUUCACUGUGUAUGUUGGUUUUAACUUGUUUAUAAUCUUCAAGAGAGUAAUGACUUGCGAAGUAUUCCGUAUACUGAUUAAUCUAACCUUUGUGCCCAAAGAAGCAAACGAAUGACUCAUCAUGUCUGGUCAUUUUUUUUCACAACUAAAGCAAUGUAGACCUAUUAACAUACCAUUUCCCCCUAUUAACAUCCACCUUGUCAAUGUAAAGUUAUAUAGGGCACCUCAACAUUAAUGUUGUUUUUAGAUUGGUGCUCAUAUCGCGCAAAUAAUGUACACACAGAUGGCUAUUGCAUGGUCGCUUUAAAAACACAUUAUAAAAAAAAAGCAUGCUG